CUAUAAUCGUUCGAAUGCAAUCAUUUGAUCGUAUGAAACAUUGUAUUGCAUCGACAGAGCAUAUUCAUAUGCUUCUAAUAAGUCACGUUCGUAUAUACAUAUGUAUGUUUAAUAUCGCAUCUUCGCGAUAAGAGUACGUAACGCAUAUAUUAUCUUCCGCAAAACAUUACUAUGCUGAAUUCACGGUCUAACUACUUCGCCAUAUUCUUUUAACUCUCUCUCUCUAUCUAUCUAUCUCUUUAUAUUUCUCUUCCUGGUUCACCAUUGUGAAAGGUAACAUAGGGAUCAAAAAGAUCGUAUUAUAAAACAAAUAUAUUCUUGUUUACUUGAUUAGUAUAUAUGCAACUAUAGCUUAUCGGCAAUAAAUAAAAUAAUAAAACAUAAAUUAUGUUGUAUCACGUACGUUCCGUCGGAAAAGCAUCGGAGAUAUUCGGCGGCCCUCCACUCACAGCCGUCGUGCAUAUAAGAGUGGGACUGCUAACCGGUAUCCUCUGCAUUUUCGUUAACUUUUCGGUACAGCGAGGACGUAUAUUUCUUCGGUAUAAUCAAGUGUUUCGAUUGUUCGACAAGCGUACUCGUGUCUUGAAAAAUAUUUUAUUAUUAUAAGGUGUUGAGGUGUUCCAUACAACAGUAUGGCUCUAGAAGAAAACGCGAUGCUUACGGUUAUGGAUAAAUUGCCGUCCAUUAAGCUCGGCGAAUUCACUUUAGAAUUCGAGCUUGGACCACUGAGCCCAGAAUUACAAGAAGUAGCUAGAAAAGAACUUAGAGAAACUCCGGAACUUCAGAAGGAAUCCAUGGAAAGAUUUAAAGAAUUAUUGAGAGCCGAAACUGAUUUAAAGUGUCCCUUGGAUAAUGAUGCCUGGCUCAUCAGAUUUCUUAGGCCUUGUAAAUAUUACCCUGAGUCUGCUGUAAAACUAGUGAAAAAUUAUUACAAUUUCAAGGUUAAACAUGCAGCCAUUUACGAAGGCUUAAAGCCAACCAAUGAGAAAAAUAUCUUCGAACAAAACAUUCUGACAGUUUUACCGAAUCGAGAUCAACACGGUAGACGAAUAUUAAUUGUUCAACUUGGAAAGAAAUGGAAACACAACAAAUGCAGUCUCGAUGAGAUCUACAAGGGUUGUGUGCUCUAUCUGGAAGCUGCUAUGUUAGAACCGACCACACAAGUUGCUGGUGCCGUCGUUAUCUUCGAUAUGGACGGUCUCUCUCUUCAACAAACGUGGCAAUUCACUCCACCGUUUGCGAAAAGAUUGGUCGAUUUACUCCAAGACGCCAUGCCUUUAAGAAUAAAAAAUCUUCACAUUAUUAAUCAGCCAUACAUUUUCAAUAUGGUCUUUGCUCUCUUUAAACCAUUUCUCAGGGAAAAAUUGAAAGGCAGAAUAAUCUUUCAUGGUACUGAUCGUAAAUCUUUACAUCAGUAUAUACAGCCAAAAUGUUUGCCUGAUUGUUAUGGUGGUACUCUACAGCUUCCUCUAAUUUCGGGACUUCAAUGGUUAGAACUUUUGAUGCUGUGUGACAAAGAGUACGAAGCUAUAAAUUCGUAUGGAUACAACAAGUAGCACAAUCCGCGAAUUUCAGAAAGAUAAUAAAAAAAACAAAUAUUUGAAAAAAAGAGAGAAAAGUAUCGAAUCCGAAGUCGUCGUUGGCGAUGACUUUCGAUCGACAGUGACGGCUGUGAAAAUCGAAAUUUCAUGGUUUUCGUUGAAGGUAUCUACUAUCUACGAAGAGAGUAAUACGUAUAUAUUAUUUAUAAUUUUAAUUCAUUUUUAUUCUCUCUAUAUUCACCUUUCCUUUUUGUUAGAUCAUUCACUAGUGUUACACUUCGAUUAUUUUACGUUAUAAAACGAUUUGAUUGCGCAUUCAUCAAAAUAUAAGAUCACGUUUUAUAUAACGACAAUAACUUAUUUGGUAUAUAAACCACAUUCAUUCGUCGUUAUUAUAAAGUUUCUGAUAAAGCAAGAAAUCGGCGAGCUCGUUUAUCGCUUAUCGCAAAAAUUAUUAUUUCCUGUAUGUGCAAUGUCGUUGUUCUUUAUUCUUAGAUAAAUUAUAGAUAAGCAGACUUUCAUCAAAUGAGAAUAUAUAAAUUAGAAUUUAACAAUAAAUUAAUAUCCCUUUUCAUAAUUGAUCGAAUAAUUAACAAGACAAACUUUGAAGGUUAUUGCAUAACAUAAAACAUUAAAAAAAGAAGAACAGCAAACAAAGAAAUUACAUGCAAAAUAGUUUCGAUGAACGUUGUUAUUAAAAGUUUUUACAUCGUAUGACGAUGAUAUGACAAAAAUCGAAUUGAACGUUCAUAUUAAUUAACAUUUUUUUCUCACUUCUUCUUUUUAUUGUAACCGUAUUUAAAAGAAUCUGUAAAAAAAAAAGAAAUAGAUGAAAUUAAUCGUUCCAUUACAAAGAGUAUCAGUAAAGUCGUUAUUAUGAAUACAGUAGUAAUUAAUAUCCAAUUCUAAUAAUCUGGUAUAGCAUUUAGUUACAAAUGAACGUACACGUUGUCCAAUUAUAUAACCAUUUUGAAACUUAAUGAAAAAUACUUGAAAUGCGAUAUAUUCGUACGACAUAAGCCAAAAAAUUUAGAAGAAUAUGAUAUUGCAAUUUUUCGUUUAUAAAAACCAAUGAAAUAAAAUUAAAUUACUUUCGAA